UGUUUCUUUAAAAGUUAAGAGAAAAAAGCUAUGCGAAGUUUUAAACACAAAAAAAUAAAUAAAUCAAAACAUAAAUGAAAAUGGGAUCAGAAACGAAUAAUUGUAACAGUGGGGAUUACUAUGCUAGUCAAGACAUUUCAACAAAUAUUUCACCUCCAUCAACUAAUCACUAUUAUCAUAACACAACUGAAAAUGAAACUACUAAAAAUAUCAAUCAUUGGAUGAAUUCAGAUCAUAAUCAAGGCAUGAAUCAAUCGAGACAAAAUCAAGAUAUGAAUAGUCAUGAGCAAAUAAUUAGAAAUAAUAGUGAAAAUAAAAACAAAACCUAUAUCCAUAAUUCUAAUCAACCUCCGAAUCAACAUUCAUCACAGUGGAAUUUUACAGGAAACUCUUAUCAAAGAUUUUAUAAUGAUAAUCAUUAUGGAAUCGUGUUGGCAUCAAACUCAUCAUCUCAACAAAAUGAAUCUCUUAUGCCGUCUUCAAGCUCGUCCAUUUCACAGGCUAUUAUUGAAAAUCAUUCACAAUUAGCGCAUCAGAUGCAAUCACAACACUUCAAAAGAGUUUACUAUCAAGGAAUAGUCUCAGCAUCAAAUACAUAUAUUGUAUAUGGACUAAUGGACUUUCGAGAUUCAUGUGCUGAGAAAUAG